GGUGGGGGGAGUGGUCCCAGCGUCUGUGGCGGGGCGUGGCCGGCCCACCUGUGCCUCCUAGUAGCUGUCACAGGGCCAGAAAUUCAGCAACCGUAGAAGAAAGAGACAGACCCUCCCAGGAAAGCCCAGUGCGCCCGAACUGGCCCGGGACGGGACAGAAAGCCUGACUAGCCCCGUGUCGGUUACAGACCCCAAACUCCUAAUCAGAAAGCCUUUGCACAGAGGAGAUUCCAGGCUCAGAUGGUCCCAGUGGGGAACCCAGUCAAAUGCAUAAGGGAGAAUGGAAGCCCGUCUCCCGGAUGACCUUCCAGAAGGGGGUGUAGGGGAGGGGUGGCCACAUGCGGGGCUCCGUGAGUCAGACAGGCCGGUCCCGGUCCAGGCCGCGCUGCGUGCAUUGCUUGGAGCCGUGUUCCGGGGCCGCUGGGUACCAGACGCUGAUCUGGGCACUGGAGCCACGUUAGUGAACCAAGCAGGCCUGAGAAUGUGCAGCGGCGGCAGCCAUGACGAGGCCCCCGUCCUGAGCAGCAAGCACCUGGACGUGCCCAGCAUCAUCGUCACCCCCCCGACCCCCACGGGCGCGAUGCUGCCACGGGACUCCAGCCGGACAGUCUGGCUGGAAGAGGCAGGGUCACACCCGGAGGAUGGAGACCUAGACCCUGAAGCCUGAGGAGGGGGCACAGGCCAGAGACCGUCCUCACGGGCUCCUGCUGGCCCCAAGGCCACACGUCCCCAGGGGCGGGGCUGCCGGGACACAUGCUGAGGACCCCGCCAGGAACACGAAGGACUCCGGUGCCCGAUGGGUUGCAGGACGAGCCCUGGCCGCAUCCAGACCAUGUUUCCGGGGCCCCAGCGAGUGGACCGGACCCCUGACGCCCGCGCGUUCUUGCUGCUCCCGGAGCCGCGGGGACGGCCACCGAGGCCUCUUCCCGGACCCCCGCGCCCUCGCUGCGCCCCAGGCCACGCAGCCGGGCACAGAACUUGCAGGAGUGACUCCGUUUUUUAUGCGUUGUUCUACAGCUCUGAGAACAGUCCAGAAAGCGAUUUAUGAGUUCUGUUUUGCAUUAUAAAUAAAGGUCAUCUGUGACGGUCA